GUUCGAGCACGGAACAUAAAAACAAAUAUUUGCUUCAGCUCGUGACCACGACUACGGGAUUAGUUCACGAAACCCAACCAGCUUCCAAUUUAACAGAGCUUGUCUUGUGACCUUGAAUCUUACACACAAGUCGCAAAACCCUGGAACUUGGGAUUCUUACUUGAGAAUUUACUGGGACUUUGGUCCUUUUUUAUUUUUUAUUUUCGCGGAGCUUCCCCCGAUUUCGGAUUUUUCUGCCAUUGAAAAACCCCCCUGGGGUUCCCAUAAAUUGACCGGUUUGCCUGUGGUCCCCCUCCAACUUACGAGGGAAAAAAAAAAGUCAAUUGCUGCUUUGUCACUUGUCUCUAGAGUUUCUAGCAACCUUAAAAGACUUCCCACAUCUCGCCACAUCCCUAUUCCAAGAAUUUCUAACAUACCUUGAACUUGGAUAUAUCCCAUCUAUAUACUUACGCACAUACACACCAUAUACACAGCCACGCAAACAUAGUUGCAAUAAUGUCUGGUCGCUCAGCACUCCGUCUUACCAGGGCUGCAGCCCCCCUCUUUAGCACCGCUCGUGCAUCUGCCCAUAUCUCUAGAUCUCUCCCCGCAGCUCACCGAACUUUCAGCCAGUCAACCGUUCGAUCGCGGAGUGAUGUAGUACGCGAGACCGAAGUUCCAGUUUCCGUCUACUCCCCAGACUCGACGGGCGCUGCCGGUUCGACCAGCGACCACUUCAGUAUUCCCGUGAACCGCGAUGAUGCCACACCGAAGCCGUUCCCUCCUCCAGAGGACACCGAGGUCAUCCCAUUAUCCAAGACUGUCUACCGUCAAAUGCCCCCCACCCUGCAGAAGAUGAGCAUAAUGGACAAGGUUGUUAUUAUCACUGGAGGUGCUCGGGGUCUUGGAAAUCACAUGGCCCGCGCUUGUGCUGAGGCUGGUGCUAAGGCUCUUGUUAUCUUCGAUGCGAACCAAGAACUGGGUGACGAAGCUGCUGCCGAGCUACACCAGAAGACCCAACUCCCCGUUUCCUUCUUCAAGGUCGACGUUCGCGACGGUGCCGCCAUCAAUGCUGCCGUCGACUCCGUUGUAGAGACCUACGGCGCCCCUGAUGUCCUAAUCAACAGUGCCGGUAUCGCUGAUUCCAACAUCAAGGCCGAGACCUACGACCCGGCCAUGUUCCGACGCCUAAUCGAUAUCAACCUAACUGGUUCGUUCUUGAUGAGCCAGUCGGUCGGGCGCGCGAUGAUGGCCGCUGGCAAGCCUGGAUCUAUUGUUCUUGUUGCUAGUAUGAGCGGUAGCAUCGUCAACUACCCGCAGGAGCAGUCUUGCUACAACGCAUCCAAGGCUGGUGUCAUCCAGUUCGGCAAGUCUUUAGCUGCCGAAUGGGCCAAGUACAACAUCCGUGUCAACUCCAUCUCUCCCGGUUACAUGGACACUGCGCUGAACCGCGUACCGGCUCUUGAGGCCCAAAAGAAGAUCUGGCGCUCUCUGACACCCCAGGCCCGCCUCGGUAACGUUGACGAGCUUAACGGCCUUUGCGUCUUCCUUGCUAGCGAUGCCAGCAGCUUUAUGACGGGCGCCAACGUUGCUAUCGACGGUGGUUACACUGUCCUAUAAGCCAUCAUUAACUAAAUGGUCUCAACCUGGUAUGUUGAGACAAGUUAUACGACAUGGCGUAUACGCGGAUAUCGCGGCUCUGGUCUUGUUUAGCUGGAGCCCGCUUGUUAUUCCCCAAUGGGCCGAAAACUUGGAGUUGGAGAGUAGACAAAUCCUGUCUCGUUGGGUGCGGGGGUU